AUGGCUGCUCGUCUCAUGGCACGGGUCGCUGCGCUGCGACAAGCAAGCCUACCAGCCGGCUACACCACCAGCGCAGGAGCACAGGGUGCCGGGCGACAUUUAGCUGGUCGAUUGCUGAGCUCGGACGACUCGGAUCGAGCCUAUCGCGAGAACGUGGUGGAUACAAACACCUUGGAGUUUGACGAGGCUACCCACAUUCGCCUGACCACCCGCGACAGCAUUCGCGGACGCAAAGUGCAAGAAGAGCUGGGCGUUGUUGUUGGCACUGCGGCCCGGUCAAAAUCGUUCAUCACCGACCUUAUCCAGCGCUUUCGCGGCAUCAUCGGCGGCCAGCUGAUGGAUUAUGAGGAACUGUUUGCCAACACAACGGCCGAAGCGACGCACAACGCCAUGAUCCAUGCCCAGCGGCUCGGUGCGACGGCCAUUGUCCGAGUGCGAUACGAGUCGGCAGCCACCGAUUCAAACACGACAGGAGUUUCUUGUUUUGUCAUCUGCUUUGGCACUGCUGUACGAGAUAUGCCGGAUCCUAACGAGCCGGGCGUCCAAGCACCUCUGCCGCAAAUCUCACCCGUCCAUCGUCCCAAGGAUGAUGCAGCAUAA